ACCGCUUCGUGGUUCUUGCCAUGACUGUUGUGCCCGAGUGUUAUAAACGUUGCAGUUGGGUUUGUUGAUAGUGGUUGAUUUGAUAACACCGAUAUGGCAACAAAACCAGAUUAUCAACGACCAUACGCUAUUGAUGGUCGCUACAGCGAAGAACCUACACAGUACAGUCCCGCCUCCCAUCAUGAGGGGGCCGAGCCUUCGCCCCACUCCCGAGCGACAACGCCUCUCGAAUCUCUGCCCUAUACAACAGAAGCCGAUCAGGAAAAUUACCCAACCAUGAUGCGGGCAGAAGGGGAUUACAAUAUCCUUUUCAAUAACACGAGGAUAGACGAGGUACCAAUUGACGAAUCCCCGGGCACGGAAUACCUUCAACUAGGCACAGUACAUAACGUUUCUAAUGGAUCUCCCAAUGGAAGUGCUAAUUCUAGUUCAGGAUCUCCUAGACGUGUAGCAUUUACUCACCUCGGUUCCAUUCCUUCAGAACAUCCCACCAACAUCGAAGGAUCCCAUCUCACUCAGUUAACUAGCCAUAUAAGUUACACAGGAGAAAUCGAUUCACCAUCUGGAGUUAAUUUAGCCAGUACUAUAUAUCCACGAAACACCACUAGUUAUACUGCGGGAACAAUGCCGUACUAUGGAACAGGAUCACCAGAAUUAUCCUCGCCCUCAGCUCAGUUGUGGAGCAACUCAGGAAUAAAUUCUAACGCUGGUCUGGUGCUAGCAGAAGAAUAUCCAAAAGGGACGUCCUCUACGACAUUACCUGCCUUCAAUAGGUUAUCAACUCUUCACUCAAAUUCGCAUCACAGAAGUGCCCCUUACACCGUUCCUAGUUCAUCUAAUUACAGCGAUUGGCAAUAUUCGGAACCAACUGGAACUCUUCAGUACAAUAUCUUAAGUCCUGGUGGUGCAAGAAAUAGACCUUUAUCGGCAUCCGCGUCCCUUUCAGCAAUAGACCCUCGCACUGCCGAGUAUUUUACUGAAGGACGAGAGUGUGUGAACUGCGGUGCCAUCGACACCCCUUUAUGGCGAAGAGAUGGUACUGGGCACUACUUGUGCAAUGCUUGUGGCCUUUACCAUAAGAUGAACGGCAUGAACCGGCCCCUUGUCAAGCAGCCUCGUAGAUUGUCUGCAUCACGUCGCGUUGGACUUACCUGCACAAACUGUCACACAAGUACGACUUCACUGUGGAGAAGAAAUACUGUUGGAGAACCCGUCUGCAAUGCCUGCGGACUAUACUUUAAACUUCAUGGGGUUAACAGGCCUUUAGCCAUGAAGAAAGACAGUAUCCAGACAAGAAAGAGGAAACCAAAGGGCAGUAAGGACAACAGCUCUCGAAACACGAUUACCAAUGUUUUGGAGUCGACCAUCAAUACUAUCAAACUGGAGCAGAAUCUGCCAUCAGUUAAACUGGAACAUUCCACAUUAGAUAAUUAUAAUGAUUUGAGAUCGGUAGCGUCACUAAAUCACAUGCAACACAACAGUUCUUCAAGUUAUGUCUAUAAUAACCAGCCCCAUCAGCGAAUGUCUCCUUAUACGUCGCAGUCAUCACAAAUUACAAAUAGUUAUUUUGAUAUGCUUCAACCGUCAAGCCCCAGUCCGCCUUCCACGACAUCACCAAGUCCAAGCUCUCCACAUAUUGUAAAUAAUAACAAUAAUAACAAUACAAAGGUUAUUAUGAACGGAGAAAACAUUAACAUGGACAGACCAACAGUAGUUUCCCUAUCUUCAUAAUUUCUUUCCGAAAUACUGUACCAUAACUUACGUAUAAAGUUAUACAUAAAUGCAAUAAUAGUUUACAUGUUUAGGGUUAUUGUUAACAGCUUUUGAAUAAGUUGUUUUUGUAGUGUUUUUGUUUCUAUUUUUGUCUAGGAAAAUAUCCUCAGUUGUGUUUUAGGAUCUUACCAGUUUUGUAAGUUGUACAUCUAAUAAUAUUUUUAAUGAACAUUUGAGGAACUAAAAAUUUAAUAACGUGUCAUGACAGUUUUUGGGAUUCUUCUAGCUUUAUGUUCGUUCUUUUAUCAAAAUUUGAAAUUGUGAUAGACAAAUGGAUAUUUUUAGCACAUUUAUAUCACGAAGGAGUUGAAGUACAAAAGUAGUCUCAUAAUUAUUACUGUAUAUUAUAUAUACUUAAAGCAGAUUUCUCUGAAAUUACCAAAGACAAUUUGUAGUUUCUGAAAAUUACUUAGGUUAUUGUGUCUUUUUUGUACAUAAUAUUACUUUAAGAAUUAUGUUUUAGAAAUAUUGUUUUAUUUUU